CGCACGUACCAGUAUCCUCAACUCUUGCUGUGGCUGCAUGGCCACACAUGGAACCGAGCAUGCUUGAUACAUCGUACAGUCCAGGACCCGCAUAUCUGACCGGGGCUACAAGGUCACAAACAGACCCACAAGUGCUCGCCUUCAUGGAAAGGAUACUACAUGUGUUAAAUAGCAUGAAGCACACCCAGCAAGCCCAUUCGCAAUAUUUCAACGAGCUGCUAAGUAAUGCCGACAGUGCAGCUCCGCACCCUCAUGGCCUCCCAGACCUGCCUUUCUCGAAUGUGGCGGAUGUUCUUGCGUAUGAAGAGAAGCUCGAGACAGACAGCAAAGCUCAUGAUCAACAUGGCCUAAGCUCAGUAUAAUGCUGCCUGUCUUGUAACUACAGCAUGCUGGAGUGACUAGGCAUUUAUAAAUUCAUGUGAAUAUUACUUAUGACAGUCUGAUUAAUGACGUACUGUUGAAUUUUUACAUAGCUAGCUGCGUAUGACAGUUCUAAAGAAUUUAAGUAAAGCUAGAAGCCAGCUUGUAUUUCUUUAUUACCACAAAAUCAUCUAGGUUGCAAAACAUUCAAAGUAAACUGGAUCCCAAUGUGUCUUUCUAGCUGUAUAUCUUCUUGUUUCCUUUUAACAGAAAAAGCACAUGGCUGUACAAGGGGGAGAUUCGA